AUGUAUUCAACCGUCGCACGUCGUUUGCAAAUGCUGCCUAUGCAAAGUUUAACACGACGAGCAUUAAUACAUAUUUCGGCUAAGAAUUUUUACCCAUUAAUACCGAUGGUUAUUGAGCAGACCGGCCGUGGAGAACGUGCUUAUGAUAUAUAUUCACGUUUAUUGAAAGAGCGUAUUAUAUGUGUUAUGGGUCCAAUAACUGAUGAAUUAUCAAGUGUGAUUAUUGCUCAACUACUUUUUCUUCAAUCUGAGAGUUCCAAAAAACCAGUUCACAUGUAUAUCAAUAGUCCCGGUGGCGUAGUAACUGCUGGUCUUGGAAUUUAUGAUACAAUGCAAUAUAUUACACCUCCGAUUGCAACUUGGUGCGUUGGUCAAGCGUGUUCAAUGGCAUCACUUUUGUUAACAUCAGGUACACGUGGUCUACGUCAUUCAUUACCAAAUUCGAGAAUUAUGGUGCAUCAACCAUCUGGUGGUGUUCAGGGUCAAGCAUCAGACAUAAUGAUUCAUGCAGAAGAAAUUCUAAAAUUAAAACGAUUGAUAAAUAAUCUUUAUGUAAAACAUACAGGUCAAACAAGUGAAGAAAUAGAAAAAUUACUUGAUCGUGAUCGAUUUUUUGAUGCAGAAAGUGCAAAAAGUCUUGGUCUUAUUGAUAAAGUUCUAGAACAUCCGAUUCAGGAUCUAUCAAAUUCAGAUGAAAAAAAAUCAUAA